GAAUGCCCUGAAAGUCUCAGCUAGCCGGCUGAUCAGUCUUUGUCCAGCCUCUGCUCCUGCGCAGUGAACCAGAUCACCCAGCGAGCGAAACAGCGGGAGCAGCUACACACAGGUCUGAGACCCAGCAGAGGCCGGGCCCCAUAUCAAUUUCAUCGAAGCGCCAUCUAAAAACAUUCAGCCAUGCUGCUGGGAGUGUUCACAAGUCUAUACGACAUCAUCCGGAUCUCGGGAUCCGACAAGCCCACCGUCGACACCAGGGUGUUCCAGCUGCACUACAAGUGGACCCGGCUGCUGCUCUUCGUCUUCUGCAUCAUCGUGUCGCUCAACUCCCUCAUCGGCAAGCCGAUCGCCUGCACGGGAACGGCGGAAGCACGUCUGCAGGAAGUUAUGCAGACCUACUGUUGGAUCACUGGCACGUUCACGUACGAGAAGUACUUCAGGGACAACCAGAUCGGAGCCAGUCAGCUGACAAAGGUGGGCGUCGGUCCCGGCCAUCCUGAACACGACGAAAAGAAGCACAUCACCUACUACCAGUGGGUGCCGAUCGUGCUCUUCCUGCAGGGCGUGCUGUUCUACGUGCCUCACUGGAUCUGGAAGAUGUUCGAGGACCAUCGGAUCCGCCACCUGAUCGAGGGCAUGGUCGAGGCCCGCAUGGAAGAAAAGAAGCGACGUCAGCGUCAGGCUCUUGUGGUAAGGUAUCUGGUCGACAGCAAGGGAACGAACGAAUGGUACGCCUACCAAUACGUCUUCUGCGAGAUUCUCAACUUUGCCAACGUCAUUCUGAACUUGGUGCUCACCGAUAAGCUGCUCGGAGGAGACUUCUUCACACUGGGCACGCGUCUCAUCAAGUACGAUCCGGAGGACCCGACCUCGGUGGACCCUUCGCACUACACCUUCCCCAAGCAGACCAAGUGCACGUUCCAGUAUUUCGGCGCGUCCGGCACAGUGUCGACGAUCGACUCCAUCUGCAUCCUGCCCAUCAACAUCUUCAACGAGAAGCUGUACGCGAUGCUGUGGUUCUGGUUCGUGCUGCUCGGACUGGUGACCGGCUUAAACCUGCUCUGGCGGCUGGCCAUGAUCGCCUCACCGGUCCUGCGCGUCUGGGUGCUUCAGACCAAAGACCACACACACGACGUCGGCAACAUGAGCGUCGUCACAAACGUCGUCAACGGCAUCAGCUUCUCGGACUUUUUCUUCGUGUGGAUCUUCACUAAGAACCUGAACGGGCUGGUGCUGUUCGACUUUCUGCGCGAGUACUCGGCAGGGGUGGCCGAGGACCUCGCCCCCAAGCGCCGGCCGCGCCUCUACCCGACCCUGCCGCACGCGAUGCAGCUGCAAUCGCUGGACUCUCCGGGCGGCCACAGCAGCACCGCCCCGGACUUCGAACUCCGCAAACCUCUCACACCUUGCGAUGACACCGAUCCCGUCUAUAGCUCUGUGCUACCCACCAAACGACGCCAGUGACCACGCCUGGCCCGGUAUUGAUGUCACAGUGUCGCCGUAAAUGUUAUAGCGCUGUGUAUGUACACGCUGUAACGCGGCAUCAACCGCAUGACUUCUGAUGAUUUUAAAUGAGAAAUACCGGUCCUGUUUCAUAUUUGUUAACUUACGCAUGAUGGCGUAACUUGACAGGUCGUGCAUGGCAUCUGAUAUUUUGGCAAGAUAUCCACAUAAGAUUUGAUGUGCAUGUGAUAUGGUGCGACGUUUAGGUGUGUAGUACAUUCAAAAAUGCUGGCAUGAUGUCAAUAAUGCGACAACAGUAGUCUCGUCUGUAGAUUGUUCUUCCCAGUAUUGUAUUGUAGGCAUUGGAUCAGUAUUGUAGAUCUUCUCAGUUCUAUCGCGUGACCGACUCAUGCCAUUUAAAUGGCAGGCGAUCCUGAACCGGCGCGUGUGGUCUCAUGCAGGUCGUAACCGUCAAUUGCUUUCGUCGCCGAUAACGAAACAUUGCUAGGACUAUCCCUAGCAAUAUUCGCUAAGACCACGACAAUGUCUCGCAAUCGCUCCACUAUGCCAAUGACAUAACAUCGAAUGUCAUAGCAAUAUUCGCCUAAGACCACGACAAUGUCUCGCAAUCGCUCCACUAUGCCAAUGACAUAACAUCGAAUGUCAUUACGCUCAAAUAUAGACCACUCGUGGUGAUGAUAAAUGUG